AUGGCUUCCAGUUAUUCUUCCGAGCAGGGUUGCGAGAACUCUUACUCACUUCCACCCAGAUCCCGAGCAGGAAGCCGCGUAUCAGCCACCGCUGCUCAGUUCGCCAGCAUACAGCUCGUCGAUUCCCCCAGAACCUUACCAAUAGAGUCCAGCCCCUCCAUCAGGUCCGAGGCACUCCACUCCUCCGGCUAUAUCAGUCCCAACCCGCCCAGCUCGGCCACCUUCCUCUCAACCUCAACCUCACAGGGAUACUCGCCUUUCCCUCUUCUGCCUCCCGAGAUACUGAAUGCAGAGUGGAACGACAACCACCACCACCAUCUUCAACAACACUCCUCCGACUCGACGCCUCUAGUCAGAGUAGAACCGGCCCAGGACUACUCUCACCACCCAUCAUCCUCGCCACUGCCAACCGGAGCAAGCAUGAGCACUGUUGCUAUUCCAUUUGACCCCACGUUCACCAUGGGAAGCCGAUCAGCAUUCACCUGGCCUGGCCUCGACCACAGCGAAUCAAGCGGCACACUACUCGGCCACAACCUCGCAUCUCUCGGCAACUCAGACGCCAGCCUCACACCACCCAGCGGAUCCAGAUCAGUAACAGCGAGCCCGCCGAGGGGGACCUUGACGCCGGAGCAGCGGGAACUCAAGAAGCAGAGGGACCAGGCACGCAGAGACUCAAAGGCCUCCCAGCGUGUAAGGAGGGCCGAAAGCAACCCCUACAUCCACUCGCCGCCUCUAUCGCUGCCGGACGUCUCGACCGCCAUGGGCGUUCCCGUUUACACCACCGCACCCGCCUCCAUCUCCCUCCUCGCCGAACCGACGACCACCAUGAGCAACUCAUCAUAUCUCCCCUCGUACAGCCCGCCUCUAUCAGACCACGGAUACCAAAGCGGCUACCCAUCCAUGGCCCCGGCCUACAGCAUGGGCUCGAUCGACUACUCCAACCAGUUCCAACCCUCGCAGUACGGCAGCCGACCCCCAAUGCCAGUCAGCCAAGACCCGAUGAUGUACGGCGUACCGCCCAUGGGCCCCGGGGCCGGACCGGACCAGGGACACGUGAGGGUCGUCCAGAGCAGACCCAAGCCCCAGUGCUGGGAACACGGCUGCAAUGGCAGACAGUUCUCGACCUUCAGCAACCUCCUCAGACACCAACGCGAAAAGUCGGGCCAAGCAGCCAAGGCCACCUGCCCCAACUGCGGGGCCGAGUUCACAAGGACCACGGCGCGGAACGGUCACCUCCUCCACGACAAAUGCAAGCAGCGCCGCAACACAUGA